ACAGGUUCAGUCGUGUUCGUGACAUCGUCGAGUGAAAUCGGAAGAGCUGGAGCAGAGUUAUAUACAUAGAUGUAUAAGCAGCAGUAGCAGCAGCGGCAGAGCAGAAAGCAAAUCGGUUUAAUCCCAAAAACGGAAGUCUAAUCCAAUUUGGCCUAUGACAAUACAAACGCACUUUCUUCGCUACGCAUUAUCCAGGUGCGUGUGCGUAUAGAGAGUGAGCGAGAUAGAGAGAGAGAGAGAGAAGACGAGCGAACGAGCGUGAGGUGAAAUAUUUAAAUUUAAAGGCCAGUCGCGUGUGUGUGUGACCCAUGAAAAGUUGUUAAAAAUAAGCAACUCUAAUCGCCGAAAAUCGAGAAUUGAUAAACCCGAACGAGCGCGAGUUUAAUUUGUAUUUCUGGCACUUUGGUUUGGCAAACAGCAAAAGCAUUUCCCUAUGAUUGGUUCAUUCUGGAAUCUGUGCAGAGCGUGCCCAUCAAUGCCGGUAGACAAGCUCCACUCGGAGUAUCGGAGCACUUAUCGUUGGCAUGAAUUUACGGGCAAUUCGCGACCAGAGGUUGUGCGACGGGCGCCAGCCCCGAAUCCAAGUCAAUUUGUUGGACCGACAAAUGAGCCGCCACUGCCGCGACGGAAAAAAUGUCCAGAAUUAGCAUAUAAAUCGCACGAGUUUAUUAUAGGAUCUGAAUAUACAGAUGCACGCCGAGAUGCCAGUGCACAUCGUUUGGCGAGAUCGGAGGAGCGGGGAACGCCUUCGCGCCGCAGCAAAUCGGAGGGACCACCCGUCGUGCCCAAUGGACGUGCGUAUCCCAUUGCAACGGAGAUCGACGGAACCACAAGAAAACAGGCGGCUACUCUACAUGAGUUGGAGCCCUUGGUUAGCGAUACGGAUGAUAGAAAAACGCACGAGAAACAAGUGACCAUUGUGGAGCGCAAGACCACCUCGCGUCCCUUCUCGCAGGCCAUCGACCAGGAGCGCCUGAACCACUUCAUCACGAAAAAGGAGAACUUCGGCUUCGCCGAUGCCGCGGUGGCAGCCGCCGUCCUCAAGGACGAGGUGGACAACCGGCAGCAGGCCGCCGAAUCCGGCCAGGUGGUGGUCAUGAACGGCUCUGCCCCGCCGCACUCUAAACCGAAUUUGGAUCUCUGGUUCAAGGAGAUGGUCGAGCUGCGCAAAAAGGCCGGCGAAUAUAAGUGUCGCGGCUGGGGCAUAGAAAUCGAUCCGGAGUUAUACAAGAAACAGAAGGAUCUGUGGGAUCAGGUUUCAAAGCGCAGCUCACUUUCAGCACUUUCCCUAGCUUCGUCUGUGCAUAGACCCAUUACCAAGGAGGAGAAGGAACAAGAGAACAAUAAGAAAUCCACGCCAUUGCAGAAGGAGAAGAAGCCACGUGUUCCUGGCCAAGCCUUCUUGAUUGAUAAUAAGGAUGAGAUUUCAGCACUGCCAGCACGCUUUAGCAAUAUACGUCAUCACCUUGAACGCACCACGGGUCCGGACGUUGAGGAGGGAGCUUUGUUGCCCUCGCCGACGCGCGAGAAACUGAUGCCGGCCAUAACCAAGCGGGAAUCGGAGUCUCAGCGGGGAAGUCCCAAGAAGACCGCCUUGUCCAGGCACGGAUCGCCUCAGAAGGGCAGUCCCCAAAAGGGCAGCCCCAAGAAGGUCCUCAAAACCCGGUCGCAAUCCGCGGGUCCGGGCGUUGCCGAGAAUGAGUCACCGAAGCGGCAGAUCCGGUCGGCGAGUCAGGCGCCCAGCAGCCGUAAAAAGACGCCGACAACCGGAAGCGGAAGCGAGCGCAAGGCACGCCCAUCCACCCUAUCCACAACAUUCCAAUCCCGCAUUAAAAGUAGUUCCCUGCCACCGCCCAACGGUAGAGUAGCCUCAGCGCCGCCAGCAGCAGCAGCAGCUGCAACUGCAACAACCCGACCGGCAACCGCAGCAACAUCAGCAGCUAAAUCAGCAUUAAUCGCUAAUCAGCCCCAUGCUAAUCAAUCACAAUCAUCACAAGCCAAGAGCGGCAGCGGCAAAAUUCAAAAACCAUCGGCAACAUCCGCUACACAGCAGCAACAGCAGCAACUGCAACAACAGCAGCAGCAACAGCAGCAGCAGCAACAGCAAAUGCGUAAGAAAGACAAAGAUAGAUCGAAUAGUAGUUGCAUUGGCAGUAGUAGUCAUGUUGGUGCUGGUAGCGGUAGUCAAGCAAAUAGUGUCAAGCAUCUGCAGAAUAAGCAAAAGCAACAACAACUACAACAACAGCAAAAGCAACAGCAACUGCAACAGCAAAAGCAACAACAACAACAGCAACCGCAACAGCUACAGCAACAGCAACAGCAUCACGAUGUUGCAGCAGCAACAUUAGCAGCAGCAACAUCGGCUCAAAACCCAACCCGGCCUGCAACCAUCAACAUCAAACGGCUCACGGUACCAGGUCAGGAUAGAAAAUUGGCUGAAAACGAAGGCGAGGAUGGUCGUGAGACUGCCAUUUCCAUUUCCAGCUGCAGCCCCCAGCCUCCAGUGCCGGAAGUGCCCGAGGAGCCCCUGGUGAAGUCUCCGCCAGAACCGACCCGGGUCAAGUCGCCGGAGCAGAUCAUAAUGCGCUCACCCGAUCCAGUCAACUGGACGGUGCCCCUAGACACUGGCAAAACCUUCACGGUCACGCAGAAUGUCAAAGAUGGGGAGAGCUACAGCCGACCUCAGAGCGAGAUUAAAGCGUCGACACCGGUGGAGAAGCCCCCACCGCCGCCACAAUCGGCACCGCCACAACUAACCGAACAGGCUAAAAUGGACGCCUGGAAGUCCUGCAGUCCGACCACCAGUGCCGCGAUCUACGGCAAAACGCUGACGCCCCAUGCCACGCCCACCGGCCAGCCGGGCGGGGCGGUGCGAUGCACUCCCUCACAGGAUCAUCCCUCGCAGCAGCCGGAUCCUGCGAUGUCGUCCUCCUCGUCGACCGGCACGGCCUCCACCGCCCGGACAACCGCCGCCGAGGUCCUGGAGAAGGCCCGCGACCGAUUCGAUCGCUUCUGGGGCAGCAGCGCCAGCAAGGAGGAGAGCGUCUAGAUCCUAGACCUAGGUCCUACACUCUAGACUCUACACUCUAGACUCUACACUCUAGCCUCUAGGCUCUAGACUCUAGAUCAGGUACUCAGUGCUUUUCAAGUGCAAAAUGUAUUCCUCAAGGCAGUUAGUUGGUCCUUGACAGCAAGCAAUUAUGAUACGUAAUAGACGUUAUGCAAUACCUAAACUAUACACCAUCCUAUUUAAGAACCGGAUUUCAGGGCGAUAUAGUUUUCCAUUGAAACUUAAGUUAUAUUGAUUAUAAAAUAUUGCAAUAUUAUGUAUGUCCAGGAUUUAAACUUUAUUUAAUUUUUAGUUAAAUGUAAGGACUUAUAUAUAUUUUUGUUUAAAUAAAUCAAUCACUUAAUUAUGUAUUCUUUAUUUCAAUUACAUGAUUGUUUGCCAAAAAUACCAUUUAAUUAAUUUCAAAUAUUAUGAAAAAUGUAUUUCUUUUUUUAAAUAUUAAAGGCAAGGUUAUGGAAACCUAUAUCGUAAUGAAAUCUAGGUAUAAGGAAACUCCGUUUCGACUUGGCUUGAAUCUAAAGUUAAAUUCGCUUUUGGUUUCCAAGUUAAACUGCUGCAAGCAAAUCUAAUCAGGCCAAAUGUCAUCUAACGACACGAGCAUUACACCAAGAAUUUGUUUAUGUAAGACACUUUCACUGCCUCUACCCAAACAAAGAAGUAAUCAAACAAACGUUGUAUACUUUGCAAUUAACCAAGAGAACUUUGCAAUACUUAAAAAUCAUUCAACCAAAAACAAAAUAUUUUAAUGGGACAAACAUCACCGCAAAGACCCGUCCAAAAAGUGAGGCCAUUCGAAAAGAGAUAUACUCACGUUUUUGUAACUUUCAUUAGUUGAGCAAACAAGCCGUAUAUAUGGGUAAUGCAUAAAGGUGAUCUAAGCUAAACCGCUGAUCCACAAAACAAAGAAAGUUGAUAAUAGAUUUUGCACAUGAAUUACAAAAGGUAAAAAAACAAAUACGACAACAUGAUGUUAGGAAUAAUUUAAGAUACAUUUUGGCUAAUACGAACUUAAGGCAAAUGAUGAUUAAAUCAAAGCAACACUAAACAGAAAACAAAAAACGGAAAACACAAGCUAAACAUACUAAAACUACACGAAGAAGCGAAAAAAAUUACAUUAUGCUUUGAAAAGCUGUGAGCCUAGUUUCAGAAAUGCCUACGUUUCUUACAUAACUAUUACGCGUAUGUGAAAAUAGUUCACAAGCAAAAAUAAAACAAAAUGGAGAAGGCCUAUUCGAUUGAACUUUGAUUUGAGUAAAUUUAGCGCUGAAAUGAUUAAAACAAAUGCUUCCUGAAGGGCAAUAGCUUUGAGAAAGUUAAUGUAAUUUAAACGAGCAUUUUGUUGUGUUUUGUUUUUCAUAUUUUUCAGUGCAGGUAGUGUUUUAGUACAAACUAAAUACCAAUUAAAACUGAGUUUGGCAGAGUCUUUUCUUUUGACUAGGUGAAAAGCUUAAAUGUUGAACCUCUCAAAGAAAAUGCAGGAAAAAUAUUCAGAGAAUCGUGUAAGACGAAGUUAAAAUUUCAUUACCCACAUGUUGUGUGAUUAACUUCAGUAUUGAGCUUAAUUGUUGCUUGCCUAUAUAUAUUUUAAUAUAAAACAGAAACAAACAAAAGAAAAAAAUCUAAGAAAAAACAAAAAAAAUAACAACACUUUAAUGGUAUUUAUUAAACAGUUGAGUAUUUUUAUAUGUUUUUCAUGAAUGACCCGUUUGUUAGUUGAAAUCCAUGAGUUGAUAACAUCUUAUAAAUAGUUACCAAGCAUUUUGCAUAUUAAGUGCCCCAAAGAACAAAAAUUGUUUAUUGCGCUCAGUCUAAACUGUAUGACACCAUUUCGAUUCAGUCAAAUGCAUUAGUUAGAAAUAAAUAAUAAGUUUAACUAACUUAUCUCUGGCAAUCUUCAAAAUCCCGAAUAAAAUAAUUUAACGAAACAAACAGGGGAUGCACACUCACAUACGCAAACAGAACUAUAUUUCCAGUUACAGUUUGAUAAUAAAAAACACAACCGAAUGGUAGACUCUUGAACUCAUUUAGUUUUAAAUAUCGUACUUAACAAAUUUUAGGAAACUUUAAUAUGAAUCUACUUAAGAACGAACUUGAUAUAUAUUCUAGCUUGUUUACAAAAGGAUAUAAAAUGAUUAAAAAGAGAGAAAAGGAAAUCCUAUACAAAUUAUACCCCAAAAAUGAUUCCAAAAUAGGCGCACUACAAGGCUUUUUCUUCAAAAACAGUUAAUGAAGAAUCGAUUUUUAUAAACACUUAUAUGAAAGUCAAAACAAUAAAUUUAUUCCAUUUUCGGUUCGUUCACAAAGCAAGAAUUAAAAAACACCAAUCAAUUAAAGAAAUUUUAGAAAUUGACUUUCACGCCGAAAUGCGCCUAAAAUUUUAAUGAAUUAAAGAAAGCCUCCCAAGAAAUGCAACAAAGCAAUAAACCAAUAACGACAAACCCCAAUUGAUAAUUUUUUCUGAAUUGUCAUAAAAAAGGCACACCAAAUAGCCUUCAUAGAAAUGCUAAUAACACGAAAUAAUAUAAUUAUAAAGAUUAAACUUAACAAAGAGAAAGUGGCAGACUCAUUUGAAAGAGGAAAAUUGAACUAAUAAUAAAAUAGAAACCAAAAAACAAGUGAUGGUAAAAUGAUUAUAACAUUGUAUGAAUCGAAUAAAAGAAAAAUGCAUAUAAACGUUUUAAAAA